UGCUCUCCUUAUUAUCAGUAAUUCAGAGUGACAAUCAACAUUUCCUUUUAUCAACAUAUCUCAAUUACAGAUAUUUGCUUGGAAAUUGUGGAGCUCCACUCUCCAUAUUAUAUCAGAUUAUAACAAUUUCCAACAGCAAGAGAUUUUUCUGUAUAUUGCCAGCCUUCAGAAAAUUUCUCUAGGGAAAAUGAAGAUCAUUACGCUCAUAGAUAACGUCAAACUUCUGUUUAGCCAAUGGGAAUUGGGAUACUCCAUUAUGUUUAGCAUAAUAUUGCAGGCUUUUCUUAUAUUUUCGACAUACAUAAGAAGAAAUUCAGUUGGAACCAUAAGAAAGACGUUGUGGCUUGGGGUUUUCCUUGGUGCUGAUUUUGUUGCAACAUUGUGUCUAGGAGCCAUUUUUCACUUGCCUUUGGGACCGAGUUCUUCAUCGUCCAAUGAUCAUAACCAAAAACUCAAGAACCUUUUGGUUAUCUGGUCACCCUUCAUCCUACUGCACUUAGGCAGGCACGGCACACUUAUAGGAAUUUCAUUGGCAGAUAAUGAAUUCUGGCUCAGUCAUUUUCUUAAAUUUUUGUACUACGAGUUCACAGCUCUGACGAUAAGUAUUCUGGGAUCCUCAACAAGAUGGUUCAACUUGGCAUCGCGCAUCAUGUUGGUUGGAGGCUCUUUAAAGUUUGCUGAACGAGUUUUGGCGCAUAAAAAAGGGAGCAUGAAUGAGCUUCGUAGAUCCAUUGUCAAUGAAGAUUUUCCCCGCGGCCUAGGCAUUUUGGAAAUUGCUGGAAUGAUAACAAAUCCUCACAUUCCCCAACACAGACGAGGCGAACCUGUUGUUGUUGUUGACAUUAACGUUGGCGUAGAAAAUGAUACUAAUAGAUUUAAUUUUCCUCCCGUGGCAUCCAUGCAGGAAAAUGUAAUAGCCCUGUGUGAAGCUUAUUAUUCUUUCAACAAGCACAAAGACCUCUACGUUGAAGGUAGGUCGCCCGAAGAUUGCUACAGAAUUAGAGACGGGUAUUGGCGCGGUGAAAAUUAUAACCCAAUAGCAGAUGCUGGCAAUGCUUUCAACAUCAUACAAAUAGAACUCUGCUUUGCAUAUGACCAUUUCUAUACAAAAAUGGCGUUGCUGCAUACUUGGUGGGGCUGGAUUGCGCGGUUUGUAAGUUUACUUUCAGUAGGAAGUGCGCUUGUCCUAUUUUAUGUUGGAGUUAUCACCAAUGAGGAAUUUAAGCGAGCAGACAAAUUUGACAAAAUUGUCACCAAUCUUCUGGUAAUCAUGGCAUUAUUCCUUGAGGUAGGGAGUUUGCUGGAGUCCAUACUGUCGAAACGCUUUUUGGUGCAAAUUGGGACCCGUGGGGGAGAGGGAUGGCGGCUUUUGGAGCGCGUUAUUGUAAGGAUUCCAGGUAGAACAAUAAUCACACCAGACACAAAUCCCACCUUAAAGAUAGGACAGUUCAGCUUACUUCCUUUCUGUUUUAACGAUUCCAAACAGAAUGCCCCUUUUAAAUGGUUCUUAGGCUAUUUUGAUCUGAAACAGUUCUGGAAUAACCAUCGUUACAUUAGUCAUAUCUCCAUUGAAGAUGUUCAUGAUCAUCAGCCUGAGGAAAGAAGAUUCCUAAAUUUGGUCUUUGACAGUAUUGGACAGCGACUGAGGAGAGAGCGGACGGAGGAUGAUCGUUUCAGGUUCCAAUCUCCGAUUAGUGCAGCCGUCCUUGGCCAAUUACCUAAUCGUGAUAUUACACAAAUCUUCGAGGCCAUAAAUGCCAGGAAUUUUGAAGAAUGCAUUAUAAUGUGGCACUUAGCCACAGAUGUAUGCUACAGAUUAUACUCCAACUUUGAGGAAUCACAGUAUCUUCAGUACGCCAAGUACCUCUCAGACUACAUGUUAUAUCUACUGCAAGCCCAUCCUUCCAUACUAUUGCCGUUGACAACAACAGAGCUACAAAUAUAUCGAAAUGUAUGUGCUGCAAUUAACCGAUUCUAUGAUGAAAUGAGGAUUGAGAGUGAGAUGAUAACAGAGAUCGUCCGUGCGAUUGAACCAAUAUACAUAAAUUUACGUGGAAUCCCAAGAGAGGAACGACCAGCUAACAUCACAAAUUUGUUACUAGAUGGAUAUGAACUAGCUCGAGAAAUCGGGCAUCAACGUAUCCAGGAGUAUAGAGCAACUCAAGGAGAGGGAAACAUAUGGAAAGUAUUAUUUGAAGUCUGGGUAGAUAUACUCUCCUAUACUGCAAUUCAUGUUCCAGGGAAACAACACGCGGAGCAUCUUGUCACGGGAGGGGAGUUUAUAACAUAUAUCUGGUUGUUUAUCAUCUACUUGAUUGAGUUCUGAUUAUUGUACCUUCUUUUGGAAUACUGUACUUUUAAUUUGUGCUCCUAAAAUGACAUUAAUUACACCAGUUGGGGGGCCUAAAACAAAAGCCGGAGACAGAAGGCAGGCGGAUCCAGAGGCAACGACCUCAUCUGUUACCGAAGAGAAUGAUGCUCAUAAAAGUGUAAAAAAUGCCUGUCAUCCGGUACCAUUUAAUGAAAAAUAUUCUACAACAUUAAGUACACGACCC